AUGUCUCGGAGUCGGGUCGGAGAUGACCACCUCCGGGGCCCGAGCCAGCCACAAACCACGAUGUCCCAUUUCUCCAAGCUGCUCAAAGAGUCCAAGGUGGUCGGCUCGGUGGACACGAAGCUCGAACAGGUCUACACCUCCUACAAUGGCUACCUCCUCAACUCGAGAGACUUCGGCCUCAAACGAUCGCUGCCGGCCAAACUGAGCCCCAAGUCGCCAUGGAUCCGGCUGAAAUCCUUGGACACUCCCUAUCGAACGGUAGACUACCGCUCGGCGGCCGCUGAAACAUCUCUCGUGAAAAUGUGGCGCCAGCUCGAAAUCGGCGUCAAAACUGCCCGGAAGAAUCAUGCCCCUCCCACCCUUGCACCCGAACCACGGCCGAUUCGGAUCGAGUUUAGCUGGUUCGAUGAAGGCAGUAGGGAGGCUGCACUCUCAGACUCAAGGAUCUCGGGAAGGUCUUUAUCUAGUAACGCUCUUUCAAAAAACCCUCGAGCUGAAAAGGGUAGAAUGAAACAUAUCUGGCAGAUGCAUCAAUCCCAAUUCAAUCAAUUCUUGGAAAUCAUGCGCACUCAUCGACAAGCAUUCAAAGAGUUUUUGGAGAACAAGGAGAAUAAUCGAAAAUCGAUUCCAAAUAAUGAUCCAGAUACACCGAGAGCGACGAUUGAUCUCUACCAGUACGCUCAAGGAAACCCAGAUCAGAUCCGACGAGAUAUAGAAGAAUUUCUCGAAUACGUGACUGAGAAAGAAACGGUCGAAGCAACAAAUCUUGGCAUACUUCCGAUGACUCAUCCCAACCUCGGAUUGAACUAUGCACACUUCGAUCAACUGCACAACGAACGAUUGACACCCGCGAUCCCGGGAAGAAUACUGGACCAAGCAGACAUCAAGUCGAGCCGACAGACGGUCAGCUUUGCAGGGAUCGUGGGCUCUCUCCAGCGCUCAUCUCACAUCGACCUCCCCUCAACCUCCUUCGAGCCUGACUCCAACGGAUACCAUAAUCUGGACCAAGGGAAAGCCAAGUUCAGGGUCGAGUCGGCUUACAUCGACCCCUAUGAUCUCCCGAGCGAAUUCGACUUCCAAGGCUUCAAUAACCAGGUCGAUCAGCCGGUCCGAUACCAGGAUCCGAGGGACAAGCCGCGAGCACUAGAGACAAACCGAUUGAAGCUCAACGUCAGAGAAGGAACUCACAGUGAUUCGAGUCGAGUGAACGCUCAUACGAAGAUCGGCAGUCGCGAAUGGGUCGGAAAUCCCCCGCCUAAACGGCAGGGCACCAUCGUACUCGACUUCCUCAACUCGAUCACCCGCAACUUCCAGCCCCCUUCAUCUGGCUCUCCAAGCCCUAACAACGCCUCCUCCCCCAAUGAUUCUCCAGCUAGACAACUUCAAUCUAAUUCCCCUUCUCAGCCCCCUAAUAAUCAGAAAAAUAGGUUUGGCCAGAUGCAGAACGAUCAACUGAUGAAGGUUCUCAAAGGAUUGGUUGGAAAACCACCCUCUGAGUAA